AUGGCCCGCAUCAAGCACGUAAACCAAGAUACCUAUCAGAUAGUGGACGAGCAUGGCCGCACCAGAUUCUUCCAUGGAACUAACGUGGUUAUGAAAGAGGCCCCCUGGUAUCGGCCUUCCCAUUGGACUCCAGGAGUCUCGUCAUUUGGCAAGCAGGAUUUGCAAAACAUGCACGACAUGGGAUUGAACAUCGUGCGGCUAGGACACAGUUGGGCUGGUGCGGAGCCAGUUCGCGGCGAGUACAAUCAGACUUUUUUAGAUAUUAUGAAGAAGCAAACACUGUUAGCGGAAGAACAAGGCAUCUACGUGUUAGUGGAUGUGCACCAAGACGGCCUGGCCAAGCAAUUUUGUGGUCAUGGCGUACCUAAUUGGUUUGUCCAGAAGGACUGGAUUACUGGCUUUAGAAAGUUCCCAUUCCCGCAGAAGCUAAAGCCAUUUACUACUGACACUAACGGCUUUCCUUCGCCUGAGUCUCAAUGCGGUACUAUCGAUUGGUCACUGAGUUACUUGUCAGUGGCUGUUGGAAAUGCUUUCGGAAGGCUAUACAAUAAUUUUAAUGGCCUUGGAGACUCAUUCGCUGUAUACUGGAAGAAACUAGCGUCAGAGUAUGUUGAAGCCACCAACGUUGUCGGUUACAAUCUUCUGAACGAACCCUGGGCUGGAGACACGAACGCCGACCCAACACUCCUUGUUCCAGGUGUCGCUGAUCGUAAAGCUCUGGAGGGACUUUGGAAUCGGGCAUCCAAGGCUAUUCGAACAGUUGAUAAUAACACGCUUAUCUGGUUCGAAGGGACAACAUUUGACGUUCUUUCGGGCUUCAACAACGUGCCUCUUAGAGAUGGAUCCAAGACGGUGCACUCGUUCCACUACUACAACCCUCCACAACUAAGCUCUAUCAGCAAUACACUCUACAACCGCCAUAAGGACAGCGUGCGGCUCAAGACUGCGGGUGUUCUGACAGAGUUGACCUUUUGGAUGGGUGACGAUAAGCAGAUGAGUGCCAUGGCAGAAGCCUUGACGGCAACAGAUGCAAACAUGGUAUCAUGGAUUGGCUGGGCGUACGAGAACCUAUACAACGGAAGUACAGGCAAGCCAUAUCCAGAGUUAGAGAAGCACUACAGUCGUGCGUAUCCUGCUGCAGUGGCGGGGACCCCUACUUCUUUCGGUUUUGACGACAGUUCGGGUGUUUUCAAGCUCAGUUUCAGAAGCGACCCAAGUAUAAUCGCACCAACCGAAGUCAUCUUACCAGCUUCUACCUUUCCAAACGGUUACGACGUCCAGAUUGUUCCUGCAGGUAGUCUCUUACAGUACAAAAGUGACAAGCGGACCUUGGCACUGUUCACAUCUAGUUCCCUACAGAAGGCCAUAGAUAUAUCUGUUACUAUUACUAGUACGUCGUCCAGAAGCGGCCCAUAG